CAUUGUGCAGUUCAGAAGGAAAGGGAAAAAGGGAAAAAGGGAAAAGGAGGACGAAGAAGAUGCCAAAAGCUAUGAAGCUCGCAUGGUGUCUCCUCGUCUUCUUCCCCUUGCUAUGGAGCCUCGCUGAUGGUUCCGGUGAUUCUCGUAUUCUUCAGCGGUUAACCACCGCUAGCAGCAAUUACUUGACCACCCAUCAACUCUGGUUCAACCAAACUCUAGACCACUUCUCCCCUUACGAUCAUCGACAAUUUCCCCAGCGCUAUUAUGAAUUCCUUGAUUAUUUCGCGCCUCAUGAUGGCCCCAUUUUCCUUAGAAUAUGUGGCGAAUCAGCUUGCGAUGGGAUACCAAAUGACUACCUCAGAGUUUUAGCAAAGAAAUUUGGGGCAGCAGUAGUUUCUCUUGAGCAUCGCUAUUAUGGAAAAAGCUCUCCUUUCAAUUCCCUGAAGACAGAGAAUCUCAAGUAUCUCUCAUCUAAGCAGGCUAUUUCUGAUUUAGCUGCCUUCCGUCAAUAUUACCAGGACUUACAAAACACAAAACUGAAUAUAUCCAGUGUUGAAAAUCCAUGGUUCGUUUUUGGUGUUUCUUAUUCUGGAGCACUCAGUGCAUGGUUCCGACUCAAGUUCCCUCACUUAACUUGUGGAAGCCUAGCAAGUUCUGCAGUUGUUCUUGCUGUCUACAACUUCACCCAAUUUGACCAACAGGUUGGCGAGUCUGCAGGCCCACAAUGUAAAGCUGCAUUACAGGAAGUUACUCGACUUGUUGAUCAAAGGCUCAUGGAUGACAGCAAAGCCGUGAAAGUUUUAUUUGGGGCUGAGUCGCUUGACAUUGAUGGUGAUUUCCUGCUUUUUCUCUCUGAUGCCGCAGUUAUGGCUUUUCAAUAUGGAAAUCCAGAUCGGUUAUGCUCCCCUCUUGUUGAGGCGAAGAAUAAUGGAAAAGAUCUGUUGGAUGUGUAUGCUACAUAUGUAAAAGAGUAUUUCAUGGGAACUUUUGGAGUCAGCACUGAAAGCUAUAAUCAGCAUUUUUUGAAAAAAGAUGCUCCUACUGAAAGUGCUGAUCGGUUGUGGUGGUUCCAAGUAUGUUCUGAAGUUGCUUAUUUCCAGGUGGCACCAUCAAAUGAUAGCAUCCGUUCUUCGAAAGUUGACACAAGAUAUUACUUGGACCUUUGCAAAAAUGUAUUUGGAGAGGGUGUGUAUCCAGAUGUUGAUGCAACAAAUCUUUACUAUGGAGGCACAAGUAUAGAAGGUUCAAAGAUUAUUUUCUCGAAUGGUUCACAGGAUCCUUGGCGACAUGCCUCGAAACAAACUUCUUCCCCAGAAAUGCCGUCUUACCUUAUUACUUGUCAUAAUUGCGGCCAUGGAGUUGAUUUAAGAGGAUGUCCUCAAGAUCCUGUUCCCAUUGAAGGAAACUCCCGGAAUUGCAGCUCUCCAGACACAGUUAACAAAGUGAGAGGAAAGAUCAUCGAAGACAUAGAUCUUUGGCUCUCCCAGUGCGAAGCUGCAGAUAUGUAAUUUUUCUACAUACGAAGGGGAAGGUACGAGAUUCAUAUACACGAAACUGUUAAUGUUGUUUGUCUGUUGUAUUUUAUUGUCAACUUAUGGGAGCAUUAACCAUGUCAAUCAGUGUAUAAGAAACAUUAUUGUUACCAUGGAAAUGUACAUAAAAUUUAUUCCCAUUU